UUCAGAUCUGAUGGUCCAAAACUCUCAUAAUGUGUUUUGUUUACAAAAGAGAGUCCAAAAAAUUUCACUAGAGAAAAGAAGUGCUGCUAUACAAAGCCUUAUCAUCAUCAUCAUCAUCUAAAUCUCCAUUACCCACGAAGAGAGAGUAAACAAAUGGGGGAGGAGGAGAAGAAACCAGAGGAGAAGAAGAUGGAGGAGAAAAAGCCAGAGGAGGAGAAGAAAGAAGAGAAGAAGGCAGAGGAAAAGAAAGAGGAAGCAGCUAAGGAUGGAAAGGAAUCCAAAGAAGCUAAAGAAGAAGCAGCAGCAGCAGCACCACCACCACCUCAAGAAAUUGUGCUCAAAGUUUACAUGCAUUGUGAAGGUUGUGCCCGCAAGGUUCGGCGCUGCCUCAAAGGCUUUGAAGGUGUUGAGGAUGUUAUAACGGAUUGCAAGAUUUCAAAGGUUGUGGUGAAAGGUGAAAAGGCUGAUCCAUUGAAGGUUUUAGAGAGAGUUCAAAGGAAGAGCCAUAGGCAAGUUGAGCUCAUCUCUCCGAUCCCAAAACCAAAGGCUGAGGAGGAGAAAAAGCCCGAGGAGGCAGAGAAGCCCAAGCCUGAAGAGAAGAAAGAAGAGCCUCAGAUUAUCACAGUGGUGCUAAAGGUUCACAUGCAUUGUGAGGCUUGUGCACAAGAAAUUAAGAAACGUAUACUGAAAAUGAAAGGAGUUGAGUCGGCAGAGCCAGAUCUAAAGAGUUCAGAGGUAACAGUGAAGGGCGUGUUUGACCCACCAAAGUUGGUGGAAUACGUGUACAAGAGGACUGGAAAGCAUGCGGUAAUUGUAAAACAAGAACCGGAAAAGAAGGACAAAGAAGAAUCCAAAGAUGGUAAGGAAGAGAAAAAAGCUGAGGAAGGUGGUGGUGGUGGAGACAAAGAAACCAAAGCUAAGGAAGAGAAAAAAGAAGGUAAGGGAGAAGAAGCAAAGCCUGAGGCAAAAGAAGCAGCAGCAGCCACUACAGAAGAGACUAACAAGAUGAUAGAGCUUCAAGCAAAUGCAUUUCAGCACUAUCCACAAAGGCAUUUUAUGGAAAUGUAUCAACAAAGGUAUGCUAAUGAAAUGUAUGCCUACCCACCUCAGAUCUUCAGUGAUGAGAACCCAAAUGCCUGUUCUGUCAUGUAAAAGAAGAAGAAAAAAAAAAAUGAGAAACUUUGUCUUUGGGUGAAAAUGAAAAUUGGGUGGUGAAUGGGUGCUCUACAUGUGCACUGUGUAGUUCUUGCUGUAAAAGUACGAUCUACAGUUAAGCUGUAGAAUUUUGUAAGAUUGUACUUUCUUUUUUUUUUUUUUUUCUAUUUUUAAUAGUUGUUAUAUACUCUAUGAAGUACAAAACAUAAAAUAACUGCAAAUAAUAACAUAUAUCAAUUGGAAACCUUGAACUUUUUCAUUU